GGUGUUAAAGGCCCAUGUGAUAAUGGGCCAAGUUGGGUGGAAAAAUAGUCCACAUAUUGGUGGCCCAUUGUUUGAAAUUCCCAUCACCCUCCUCCACACAAAAUAAAAUGAAAAGGAUAAAGAUAGAUAGGUCCCAAAGACAAUUGAUAUACUCUUCUCACUUCUUAGCAAGGAAACUCAAUUCGCCAAGUGGAAAAGAAAGAAAGAAAAACUGAUGAUUUCUCUACAACCUCAUAGAUCAUGUCUUCAAACAACAUUUCUAUUCAAGAAUUCCAACACUACUAUACAACAUAGACAAACACAAACAAGCCGAAUAGCAGAAAGAAAGAGUAAAGUACAUAGAAGAGAGGUCAAAUGCAGUAGUGGGGGAGAAAAGAAGAGUGAGAGGCGAACAUUUUUGACACUGGAAGAAGCUGGUUUGGUUGAGUUGUCUGGGUUGAGCACUCAUGAACGCUUUCUAUGCCGUUUAACGAUAUCUUCUCUGAAUUUACUCAAAGUGAUAUCAGAACAAGAAGGGUGUCCAAUAGAGGAGCUCAAUGCUGGCAAGGUAUGUGAUUGGUUCCUUAAAGACAAACUCAAAAGGGAACAGAACAUUGAUUCUGCUGUUCUUCAAUGGGAUGAUUCCGACUUCCAAUUUUAAUUAUUUUACUUUUUCCUUCUUAAGUCUUCUGUGUUUUUUUCUAACUUUUGUGCAAAAUGUGGCUCCAAAAAUGAUACUCCUUUCAUUUAAUACACAUUAUUUUAAAAACAUAAUCAAAAGUUGCAGUCUUUAACAAA